GCACGUGUGGCAGCUUGUUCUAAUGCAGCUUCUCUCUCUCUCUCUGUGCAGCGCCGCUCUACUCGUGAUGUCUGCUCUCUAUAAUGCAGCUUCUGCAAGGAUGACUGUUGAUAAUACGUCUUUCGACCUCUUCAAUAAUAAAUUCAAAAAAUUCUACUGAUGGUGGUUAUUGCUGUUUUCGCCUCGGCUAUCUGGAAAGGAAUGAACUGCAGAGUGAAUUUUCAGCUUGAACACAGCUCAAUUUCCACCACCAUCAGCCAGAUUUAACGAGAUUGAAACAAAAGCUGUACUCUCAGACCUCUCUCAAAACAAGGAUAAUGCCAUAUCUAUUUUAUUCUGUCUGACGUAUAGGCAAGACUCUUGGGAUAGCAGGAUAGGAGCCAAAUACGGUUUGGUACUAGCCUUGAUUUUUUCUGAUGACCUUUUUGAAGGUUUUGAAAGUUGAAUCCCACCACAGCUAAGUCUGUGUGUGUGGAGGUGGGGAAAAAUACUGUAAUUUUUCAGUAUAUAAGCUGUGAAAAAUUCAAACAGAAUCAUCCAGUCUGAUCAAUCAGCUAACAACACUUCCGAAUCAACUCAUCUAUAAGAAGAAGAAGAUGUCGUCCUUUGUCAACGCUCCCACCUCAGCUACAGCUACAAGACCAACAACAGCUGUAGGCAACAGCACUCAAGCUAGAACAUAUGCUGUCGUCUGUGGAGGGGGGCUUACAGCCCCAACAUAUAGCCAGCCAGCCGUGAUGGCAGCAGCUAGCUGGAACCCGUACUCUAUGUGGGGGCCACCCCCACCGUGGUACACUUCUGCCUACCCUGGGCUUGGACAGCAGCAGGCUCCAUUGCAAGCUCCCCCGCCUCCAUCAGCAGAGCUGUUGGCAGCUGCUACCACCCCCAUAGGCGCCGCCGAAACCACCCCCGCCGAAACCAGUCCCGCCAUCCCCGCCACCCCCGCCGAAACCAGUCCCGCCAUCUCCGCCAUCCCCGCCGCCCCCGCCGAAACCAUCCCCAUAGUCGCCGCCGAAGCUGAUUCAUCUGACGAUGUGAAGAUCGUAGAGGAAAGCGGAGAUGAUUUCAUCGAAGCUACUCCUCCGACUCGUGAGUUGGUGAAACGAUCACCUUCGUGGACGAAAGUGGAGAAAAAGAAGAAGAAGAAGAUCGGCACCGUCUAA